ACAUUCAACUCUUGCCAUUCCCGCCGCCAUCGUUCACUAUGUGGUGUUUAUCACAUUCCUAGCAUACUUGCAACUCAAGUUUUUUUUAAGUCCGUCUAUUGAUUGACUCACAAAAGAAGGACUUCGUCAGUCCUCCACGUAGGCCGGGGGGAGUUUCCGUAUUUGAGCAACAGCGAUGAACUACACGCACUGUGUGUCAGUGUCCUACUGUCAGAGCGGCGGUGCAAAUGGACCCCUCCACUUACCUUUACGAUGUCUCUCCGGUUGUCGUCGAAAAGUUCUGCAAAAUCAUGGACAGUGGAGAUGACAGGUUCGGCUGGCGUGUACUCGCUGUCCGAGUUGUCCCCAGCUUGUUAGAAGUCCGCAUGUUUGAGCGUAUGGAGGCAUCAGGUCGGAGCCCCACCAGGGAGCUGCUGUGGUCCUGGGCUCAGGAGAAUUCAAGGGUGCAGGACCUGCUUAAUGUGCUGCGAGACAUGGGCCACCUCAGGGCCCUGCAGCUCUUCACGGGUCAAGCUCAAGAGUCGUCUGCGUCCCCCAGAAAUCAACAUGCAGAGUCCAAAGAUCAGAAGUCAGCCGCUGAAUGGAAGGGAUCCUUCCAGCUAGAGGUCACUUUCCAAGACAUCAUAGAAGGAACCAGAGAUUUUCAUCCUGACAUGAGAAUUGCAGAAGGCCACUUUUCUGAUAUCUACAGAGCACAGAUUGGAAAUAAAACGAUUGCAGUGAAGCUUUUUAAACAGAUAAAUAUGGCGUCAUGGAAAAAGCUGUGGGAUAUCUUCAGAAGAGAAAUGGAAAUUCAACUUGUGUACAAACAUCCAAACAUCUUAGACUUGCUGUGGUGUUUUUCUGAAGAGAGCCGCUACUGUGUUGUCUCUCCUUACCUCCCUAAUGGAUCGCUCUUCCACAGACUGCACCAUCAGGUUGGAGAGCCCCCUCUCUCCUGGCAAGAGCGUCUCACCAUCAUUAAGGGAACUGCAAAAGGCUUGCAUCACCUCCAUACAGCCCAGCCCUGCCCAGUGAUCUGUGGCAACAUCUCCAGUGCUAACAUACUCUUGGAUGAUGCCCUGCAACCCAAGCUGUCUGACGUUGGGUUGUCUCGUCUCCGUCCUCAUUCAGCCAAUCAGCUCUGUACAGUCACUCUGGAUACGCGGUCCCACAGCAACCUGGGAUACCUUUCUGAGGAGUACAUCCGAAAUGACAAGCUGUCCAUCAGCGUAGAUGUUUUCAGCUUUGGAAUGGUUAUAAUGGAAACAGUAACAGGCCGGAAGGUCAUAGGGGAAGAACCUAAACAAACCCCACUGAGAGAUCUGCUCGUAACUGAGGUGGAGGUCAGCGGGGGUGUGGACUCUUGCCUGCAGUUUUUGGAUGCGGAGGCCGGUCGGUGGCCGACGGCCGUGUCCCUCGGCCUGCUGCGUCUCGCCUUGGACUGCACUGCGAGUCGCCACCGCAGCAGACCGUGCAUGGAGAACGUACUUCUGGAAUUGAGCAAACUGCUUCCUCCACCCAGCUGCCCCCCUGCCGACCAGCCUCACAGCCUGGAUUACAAAGACUCCAUUAAUGCCCCUCUGAGCACCUCCUCCUCCAUACCUGUAGAGCACGAUGAGCAGCACAGCCCCCCUGGUUCUCUAACACAGACAGGGCCCUGUGAAUGCAGCCAGUCGGAAGUGACAUAUCUGAGCGACGUUGUGGGUGCAUCUGGUGAGGAGGCAGACCUGUACAGCAGCUGGCCUGUACAGUGCAGCUGCCCCGCUGAGACAGGUGGUCUGCCCUGCGAGGACUGCAGGGCCAAUGGCUUCACCUCCAACCAACCAGUCAGUCCUCAGACUUACUCCAUUGUGGUGGAAAACGCAGCCAAGGAGAGACUGAAGGACAAACUGAGUCUUUAUAACAGAGGGCAGAUUCACACAGAGGAACUGUUCUCUGAGAUGGGACUGCAGUAGAGAGCAAACUAAAGUGGCGAGCUUCAGCCUCUUGUGGCCAAAAUGAGUAUUACAACAACAGACACAAAACGUAUUUGGACCUUUUAUUUUUCACCUGGCAAAAACCUUUUUUUCCCACCCGUUUUUAAGGACCUUAGAAAUAAAUAAACAUUCUCAUCUGUUCUUAAGCCACAAACACAGGAGAAAAAAGUGUUUAGAUCAGACUUAGAGGAUCCUGGGUUCAUGUACAGUGUGAGUUUCAGUUUUAAGGUUAGAGGUGUGUAUAUUUUUUAUAAUAUUGACAGUGGUGAUAAGUUAUUAAAGGUACCCUGUUGAGUUUUUUCCGAGUGGGUCCCUGUUUUGUUUGUAAUUACAUAACUAAAGAUUUCGUUAAAUAGCUUUUUAUUUCAAGUUGAGCUCUGGGAAAAGCUGAGCUGAGCGUCUGAUAGUUCAGGAAGUUUGAUUCUGUAGUCAGAACUCUUUCUGGUGAGUGAUUGCUGCAACAAAUGAGGGCUUGAUACAUGUUUUGUAAAAAUUUGAAUUUAUUGUGUUUUUUUGUGUCAGUUUGAAAUGUUAUGGGGGAUAAAUAUUGCAUGCAAUUUUCAUUGCGUUAGAGCUGAGGAAUAUGUUGCAUAAUGGAUUUGAGAAAUGAAUGAUUUAAUGUGACAAAGGCGGUGAGGAGGGAAAUAAAAAAAGCAGUGUAACAAAACACAUUUGAAUUUAUUGAAUCGAUUGUUGUGAAGGAAACAACUGGAGCAAUUUCUUACAAUCCAUUUACAUGAACUCAUCCUCCUGUUUAUAUAUCCCAUUUUAAUCAAAUCUCUUUAUAUAAUUAGUAAGUUUUGUGUUUAUAUUCCUAAAUAACUGUAUUAACCAUCAGGCCGUUUCUGGUACUGACUAAUGUGUUUUAGCAGGAUUGAAAACUGGUCAGAUUUGUCAUCUUCAUUAGUUACUCUUGGAUCAGAUUCUCAGUUCCUGAUUCUAAUCAAAAUGUUGCCAUCUUCAGCCUGCGUUUUCAUUGCGUUUACAUUUAUUAUUUGAGAACUUUAGAUUUAUUUUGUGAACUAAAAAAAGAGGUUGUAGAUUGCCCAUGGUGUCAUAGAGGAAAAAACAAUAUGUGGGCUCAAAUGAGUUAAUUGUGCUUUCAAAUGCAACUGAAACGAUUAGCUAAUUAAAACAUCAACAGAAAAUUGCAAAAAUCCAAAUACACAUAUGCAAAUUAAUACAUUAAGUCCAUUUUGAAAUAGUGACACACCAAAGCUAAUUUUAUCGCCAUUUUAUAUCACUGUAAAUUGACUAUCUCUGUCUUUUGGAGAGUUUGUCCAAUAAAACAAGCCUUUUAAAGAUGUCA